UGGGCGUUCACGGAGCCUGCGGGCGCUGGUCCGGGCGUCCAGGGCUGGGGGGCGCGGGCCGCUGGGUCCGGACUGGGGGCCUGGCCCCGGGGCCACCUGAGCGGAGGCUCUGCGGCCGCCUCCACCCCGGCCACAUCCCGAGGCCAUUGCCGGAUUCGGAGAACUGUCAGGGGACCUCCAGGCCCCCACGCGCCUGCGAGAUCCGGCGCCUGCCUUUCCCCAGCCACGGUUUCUGUUUCCGAGAAACCGGUGAAGCCAUGGAUGCUCCCCACCCCAAGGCAGCCCUGGACAGCAUUAACGAGCUGCCCGAGAACAUCCUGCUGGAGCUGUUCACGCACGUGCCCGCCCGCCACCUGCUGCUGAACUGCCGCCUGGUCUGCAGCCUCUGGCGGGAUCUCAUCGACCUCAUGACCCUCUGGAAGCGCAAGUGCCUUCGAGAGGGCUUCAUCACCGAGGACUGGGACCAGCCCGUGGCCGACUGGAAGAUCUUCUACUUCCUACGGAGCCUGCACAGGAACCUCCUGCGCAACCCGUGCGCUGAAGAGGAUAUGUUUGCUUGGCAAAUCGAUUUCAAUGGUGGGGACCGCUGGAAGGUGGAGAGCCUCCCUGGAGCCCACGGGACAGAUUUUCCUGACCCCAAAGUCAAGAAGUAUUUUGUCACAUCCUAUGAAAUGUGCCUCAAGUCCCAGCUGGUGGACCUUGUAGCUGAGGGCUACUGGGAGGAGCUACUGGACACAUUCCGGCCGGACAUCGUGGUUAAGGACUGGUUUGCUGCCAGAGCCGACUGUGGCUGCACCUACCAACUCAAGGUGCAGCUGACCUCAGCUGACUACUUCGUAUUGGCCUCCUUCGAGCCCCCACCUGUGACCAUCCAACAGUGGAACAAUGCUGCAUGGACAGAGGUCUCCUACACCUUCUCAGACUACCCCCGGGGUGUCCGCUACAUCCUCUUUCAGCACGGGGGCAGUGACACCCAGUACUGGGCAGGCUGGUAUGGGCCCCGAGUCACCAACAGCAGCAUCGUCGUCAGCCACAAGAGGACCAGGACCCAGGCCUCCUCCGAGGCUCAGCCUGGGCAGAAGCAUGGACAGGAGGAGGCUGCCCAAUCGCCCUACCAAGCUGUUCUCCAGAUUUUCUGACAGCUGUCCAUACUGUAUCCGGGUCAGCCAGAGGUUCCUCCAUGCAGGAGCUGAGCAUGGGGUGGGCAGUGAAGUCCCUGUACCAGCGACUCCUGCCCCGGUUCAACCCUACCAGCUUGUGGAAACUUACUGUCACAUAGCUCUGACGUUUUGUUUUAAUAAAUGUUUUCAGGCUGGGCACAGUGGCUCACGCCUGUAAUCCCA